UUGGCCUUUCAUCCCCGUCAGUCAUGGUUGUCCCCGCCCUCUGAUAAUGCAGCAUGGGCGAAAAUACCAGACCCAAGAGCUACAGCUGAGGAAGCGGACUCCUGUACUGUCAACAUUUUUACGCAAUUGAGCGAAAGUGAUGUUUCAACGAUGCCGAUUGUGGAUAAACUCAAAGAGGCAUUAAAACCUGGACGAAAGGAGACGGGCGAUGAGGGGGACCUCAACAAACUUUUGGCUUCUUCUGCCAAGAAGGUCCUCCUGCAGAAGAUAGAGUUUGAGCCAGCCAGCAAGGGUUUCUCCUAUCAACUGGACACCCUGAAGAACAAGUAUGUGAUCCUCAACCCCAGGAAUGAGGGCGCUAUGGGGCAGAGGGCCACCGAGCCUGCCCAAAUAAAGAGGCACGUUUCAGAGAACACGGUCGGGGGCCAGAGUGACGGGAUCCCUGCGCCGCAGAAGAUGCUCUUCCCGGGCAGCAAGCUCGCCCUCAAAUGGGAGGGUGUGUACAGGGUGGGAGCCGGUCUCCACAACCUAGGGAACACCUGCUUCCUCAACUCCACGGUGCAGUGUCUCACCUACACCCCGCCGCUCGCCAACUACUUGCUGUCAAAGGAGCACAGCCGCGCCUGUCACCAGUCGGGCUUCUGCAUGAUCUGUAUCAUGCAGAACCACAUCAUCCAAGCCUUCGCCAACACGGCCAACGCCAUCAAGCCUGUCUCCUUCAUCCGAGACCUGAAAAAAAUAGCCAGACAUUUUCGCUUUGGAAGCCAAGAGGACGCCCAUGAGUUUUUGCGCUACACCAUCGAUGCCAUGCAGAAAGCCUGUCUCAAUGGCUACCCUAAGCUUGACCGGCAGACCCAGGCCACCACAUUGGUUCACCAGAUCUUUGGCGGCUACCUCAGGUCAAGAGUGAAGUGCUCUAUUUGUAAAAGUGUGUCAGACACAUAUGACCCUUACCUGGACAUCGCUUUGGAGAUUCGACAAGCUGCGAAUAUUGUGCGAGCCCUGGAACUGUUUGUUAAGCCAGACAUGCUAAGUGGAGAGAAUGCCUACAUGUGUGCAAAGUGCAAAAAGAAAGUCCCGGCGACCAAGCGCUUCACAGUCCAUCGAACGUCUAACGUGCUGACUCUUUCCCUGAAGAGGUUUGCCAACUUCAGCGGGGGAAAAAUAACAAAGGAUGUCGGCUACCCAGAAUUUCUGAACAUCCGCCCCUACAUGUCCCAGAGCUCAGGCGAUCCGGUCAUGUACGGCCUCUACGCCGUUCUGGUGCACUCCGGCUACAGUUGUCACGCUGGCCACUACUACUGCUAUGUGAAGGCAAGCAACGGACAAUGGUACCAAAUGAAUGAUUCAAUGGUGCACUGCAGUAACAUCAAAGUGGUCUUGAACCAGCAGGCUUACGUGCUUUUCUAUCUGAGGAUCCCCGAAAGCAAGAAGAACGCAGAUGGACAGACCACCAAGCAAGGCAUGUUGCAUUCUGGGAAGAACAGCUUGUCCUCUGAACAGAUAAGGAGGGCCAACCUGAACGGGCCCCUCUCCUCCCCGCAGGUCACAAAGUUCUCCUCUUUUCAGAAACUGGAGCCCGCGCAGCUGCGUAAGAUCCAGUCCAUGGAUGGCGGCUUGGGCCUCCCCUUCGCCAGGAACGGUGUGAGCUCUCAGCCACAGCCCAGACUUUCCAACUGGGCGUCAUCCUCCAACGGCCCACCGAAGCUGCCUGGUGGGCCCCAGGUUAUUGAGGAGCCUUUCAAAAAGCUGAAGAAGCCGUCUGCCCAGAGCCAGGGGCAGCCCCGCGGCAUCGCCGCGCCCCCUACCAACAACGGGGUCAGCAGGGCGGAGGGAGAUAAAAAGCAAAGUGGCGGCGAGGGAAGGGGCAUGUCGGCGUCUACCUCAUACAAGUCUUUGUCUGACUCUUCUUCUGCCGACACCAGCGACUCAAAGGACUCCGUGCGAGCCAGAAGUGCGCCGGUCGGAGAGACUCCCUCCACCCCGCGGAAAGGCUCCAACGGCCCGGCGUCUCCGGCCAAAAGCGUGGAGCGCGCUCAGAGCGCGGAGGAGCAGAAGACGGCGAAAAUAAAACCCCCGGCUCUCAACAACAUCACGUCCGAAGCCACCAGCGCCAUGUCUCCGCCGCCGGCCAAGAAACUGGCCCUGUCAGCCAAGAAGGCUCGCAGCCAGAGACCGAGCAGCAUUGAUGCUCUGCCCUCUUCGCCACGCCAGCUGUCCAGUGACCCCACUCAUCACAAUCAACGCAACCCCUUCACCUUUGCCUCACCUACUCACCCUCACAGAGCUGGUCCAUUCCAUUCACCUAAAGUCCAGUCAUUGCCUUUUGCCCACUCAAGUGGAUCCCUCGAACAGCAGAGCCCUCAGAAACAGUCCCUGCCCUCCUCACCUCAAAAACAACACGCCAGCCUUUCUAUUAAAACCAACGGGCAUCACGGCGCCAGUCCCAAGAGCCCCAAGUCUUCCAGCAGCCUCAGCCACGUGGUCCAAGAAGCAGACCUCAGCAGCGCUCAAACGCUCAACGAAAAGAAGAAGAAGAGGAAGAAGAAAAAGAAGCGGCGCCAUUCUGAGGUGGAGGCCGACCCAGAGCCAGUGGCUUCCCCAGCUCCAGAGAUCCAGAGCCACCCCCUGGAAUCAGCCAACGGGAACCGGCGCAGGAAGAAAAAGAAACGGCGAAGGACGGAGCUCGAAGACGGAGGGACAGUUGAGGAGCGGGAGUGUGUCCCGUCCCAUCUGGACACCUCAAACCAGGAAGAAGAUUGGUGUCAGGGUGGCAUAUGGAGUCUAACGUCUCAUCCAAAUACAGAACAGUCCGAGCCAAAACCUCAGUCGGCUUCCACACCCCCGACGCAGCCUGAGUCGAAUCAGGAAGAACAGGGGGGGGAAUCUUUCAAAUUGAAGAAGAAGAAGAAAAAGAAAAAGCAGAUGCAGCAGGUGGAGGUUCUGCAGGGGACAACUUCUGCAUGCUCUGCGCCAGAAAGCACUCCUGAGGAGAAGGUCGCGCCUGUUCCGAAUGAUGCGGGAGAUUUGCAAACAUUGAAAAAGGGGAAGAAGAAGAAGAAAAAGAGGCGGCUAAAAGAAGAGGUCAGACUGUGGGAGGAGAGCAGGCGAUGCUCUGACGGGCAGAGUGAGGAGCCGGACGCCAUGGAGCCCCCCUCCAAAAAGAACCCCACGGAAAACGGAGUAAUAAGGAAACCAAGCCUAGCUAAAGUGGUAGUCUGGGACAGCCGCGUCAAGGACGGCUACAAGCGCAGCCGGGUGCCAGCGGCCGAUGGGAGUGAAACGGGAGACGCCCCGACUGGAGCUGCUGUGGGCUGGGACGGGAAGAAGACUAGUGGGGUGGUGGAGGAGCUGCUCAGAAACUCCUCUGACAAAGCCUACGGAGCCAACGUCCUCAGUUGGGACGGAGAGGUCUCUGCUAUCAGUAGAGACGCGGCUGACGAUGUCCGGCACGCCAGGUGUGACACCGUGAUCGAUGAGUGGGAUGAAGACUUUGAUAGGGGAAAGGUAAAGAAAAUGAAAAACUAUAAGAAAGAGAAGUGGAGAAAUAACAGCAGCAUCUUCCAGAAGAUCCAGGACAGGCGAAGCAAGUGGUCUGUGACACCUGGAGGAAAGCGGGGUUUUGGAGUCCGUCGAUGAGGAGCUGUUGAGGUUGUGCUGAUCGUAAAUCGACAACAAUACUGUAUACCAAAUGUCCUUUUUUUAUUUUUAAUUCCUGAAUAAGAUGUGAGUUCAAAAGCACCAUACUGACAGUCAGACGGACCCUUUUAUCUCCUUCUGGCUUUUUAAUUCAAAUACCAGUUGGCUCCAGCUUCUCUGCAUGCGAUAUUUAACUGAAACCCUGACACCUCCAUGCCAAAUACAUAUUUAUGUUGGCAUCCUUUUGAGCGGUUGUCAUUGCCCAAACGAUCUCGAGCUAUGACCUUAUGUGCAGUUUACCUUAUAUGAGAUGCAGAAAGUAUACCUGCUAUGCUUUGACUGUCAUAUAUCGACAACUGUACACAUUUUCAAAGCAGAUAUAGCCUCAUUAUAUAUUUGACAUUGAAAAAAGCUUUUUAACCGUAAACCUAAAAUGAUUCUUCUCUCAAAUUCAAAGACCUGUAAUCGUUAGAACAUGUUAAUUUUUAAUUCCUGGUUUUCCUAUUUUAUCCUUAUCCGCUGUCUUUUUAUUUUGCUGCAGUCUGUUUCACGAGGCUCGUUUUUAUCUUGCCUUUAUGUUGGUGAAAUUAUGCUUAAAAUUGCCAUUCUUUCUAAUCAAUCUCAAUUGGUUUAAAAAUAGCUAUGGUGAAUUUUGUUUUCUUUUAGUUUUGCCCCUUUUUUUUGUAGCUUAAGUUCAUGUCGGACUUCAUGUGGAUACUUUUUUUUUUUUUUAAACCACAAAGGAA